AUGAGUCGCCGCUUAUUCACAAGGAUUGCCAAUGAUUUGGCGGGGCUAGACCCGUUUUUCACACAACGUCCUGAUGCUCGAAAUUAUGAAGGGUUUACAACGUUACAAAAGUGUACUGCGGCCAUUCGACAACUGGCGUACGGGACAGUGGCCGACGCUUUGGACGAGUACUUACAGAUGUCGGCAAGAACUACGCGGGAAUGUUUGUAUCGGUUUUGCCAUAAUGUGGUGAAACUGUAUAGCAAAAAAUAUUUGCGGAAACCAAACGCGUAUGAUGUUCAACAGUUGUACCAAGCUCAUGAAGCAAGGCACGGGUUUCCGGGAAUGCUUGGUAGCAUUGAUUGUAUGCAUUGGGGGUGGCAUAAUUGCCCGACUGCGUGGGGCGGCCAAUAUACGCGAGGUGAUCACGGCUAUCCAACCGUGAUACUUGAAGCUGUGGCAUCACAAGAUUUGUGGAUAUGGCAUUCUUUCUUUGGUCUCCCUGGUUCACUCAACGACCUCAACGUGUUAUACCAAUCGGCCAUCUUUACCGAUGUCGUUAAUGGAACGGGACCGGACACACGUUUUACAGUUUCUGGGGUUGAGUAUACACGUGGGUAUUAUCUUGCUGACGGGAUAUAUCCGUCUUGGUCUACAAUUGUGAAGACUAUUCCAUAUCCCGAGGACGAAAAACGGAAAAAAUUUGCCAAGCGUCAAGAAGCUGCAAGAAAAGACAUCGAACGUGCUUUUGGUGUCUUACAAAAAAAAAUGGGCCAUCGUUGCACAACCGGCACGUGCGUUCACCCCAAAAAGGUUGCGUCUUUGUAUGUACGCUUGCAUUUUGCUCCAUAA